AGAAGAAGAAGAAGAAGAAGACAACAACGAAGACGGAAGCCUGCCGCUGUCAGUUUUGUAACAACAGAGCAACGCUGCUGCACUUUGAAUGGAGGAAAACACGAGUGGUUUCUUUCAGUCCUCUGUGCUGAUCGCUGUUUGAGAGGGCAGCAUGGACCCGUCAGACUCAGGGGGGCUGGAUGCUGUCGGUACCGGUGAGGAACCGAGUCCCAAACCCGAGCUUUCUGCAGCGAUGCGGGCUAAGAUUGAGCGGAACCGGCAGCGGGCGUUGAUGCUCCGGCAAGCCAGACUGGCGAGCCGCCCUUUGUCCGCUGUGGAGGGCGCAACCUCGGCCAAAGUCUCCAAGACCAUCGACUCCGGGGCCGGCUUCUUCAUCGAGGAAGAGGAGGGCGAUGUGGAAGAGCAGAGGACGAGGAAGGUUGUGCAUCAGCCAGCUCCAGUGAUUGAGCCAGACUACCUGGUGUGUGAUGACUGUCAAAAGUCUUUCAUGGACUCAUACCUCAGCAACAGCUUUAACCUGUGUGUCUGUGAUAACUGCAGAGACAAUGAGGAGAAACAUAAGCUGAUCUCCAGAACUGAAGCCAAGCAGCAUUACAUGCUGAAGGACUGUGACCUGGACAUGAGAGAGCCUCCACUCAAGUUUGUACUGAAGAAAAACCCUCAUAACCCACGCUGGGGAGACAUGAAGCUCUACCUCAAACUACAGGUGGAGAAGAGAUGUAUGGAGGUGUGGGGUUCAGAGGAGGCUCUGGAGGAGGCCAGAGAGACGAGGGAAGAAAACCGAGAGGUGCAGAAACAAAAACGCUUCAACAAGAAGGUCAAAGAGCUGCGCAGGGCGGUGAGGAGCAGUAUGUGGACCAAAGACACCAGCGUUCACCAACAUCAGUACGGACCAGAGGAGGUGGUGGAUCCAGAGGAGGACCUCUACAAGAAAACCUGCACCACCUGCGGACAUGAGCUCACCUACGAGAAGAUGUAGACACACACACACACACACAGACUGUUACAGGUUCAGCCUACAAGGAGAACAUGUUUGGUGCUUCUGGAACAACGCCUCUCACAAACCCUCUCUCCCUCCAGUUGUAUUCCGUUUUUCUUCUAUUUAUUUGUUUUUCUAUCAUAUUAAUAAAACACUCCAUCCUAAUCACAUACAAGGGGCCAAAAUCACUCUACGGCUAUUGACAGCGGUUAAACAGCUGCGUACCUCUGGUUAACUCUCUUACUGUAUAAGAGCCCUUCCAGUGAACUGACUAUUGCUACACUUCCUCCUUUUGUAGCAUAUAGAUUCCCCCUCACAGUGAGCAAAUCAAAGGUGGCACAAUACUGAAACUGAACUGUGAAUUGUGGUUCCCACUUUAUGACUCAAAUAGAUACAAGCAUUAAGAAUAAAACUCUAGUGCCUUUUAUUAAAAACUCAAUUUUGGGAUGUGCAAGGUAUUAUGGUUUAAGUUUUGUUAUUGGGGACCUCCUCCUUCCUCUCACUGUCACUCAUAAAAUCAAUUUUCAAAUUAUAAUUCAUCAUUGAACAAAGUACUGAUGCAUUGACCAGUGACCUCUGAAUGUACUGGUUAACGGUUCAGACUGAACUAAUGUUUGAUGCUGUUUGGUAUAAGCUGUAAAGAAACAAGCAGUCAUUGUCCAGAUAUUGUGACGGUGAAGGACUGGUGCUGUGGAUUUGCUCAGGAGUUUUGAUCACUUUUUAAAAGACUGAGAUCUAAAGUGUGUAAAAUGUGUUUACGUCUUUGUAAAAUGAAUUUGUUAAAAAUUCUUAUAAAAAAAGUGUUGAUUUAG